AUCAGUUGUCAAAGUACAAUAACAGAGAUAAUAGCCAAUCAGCUAUAAAUGUAAUAUGACAAGAAAGAUGUCAGUGCACUGGGCAUGUGUACAUGUGUAGAACAUGUUACUUCCGGGAACUCUCAUUUUUUUAUUGCAGAGGGGACUGGAAACUGGAUCUGGAUUGUAGGGGAUAGCCUGGUCAGAAGAGCAAAAGAACGAGCUUCACAACGCAACUAUCAGCAAUUUGGAGAGCGAGGUAUCGUGGUCCGCUGGCAUGGGCAAGGCGGCACCACGCUCCAGGAUCUCCCCAGGAUGGUCUCUAACCGGCUGAGAUGCGGCACUCCUCCUGCAUUAGCUAUUGUCCACUUAGGAUCAAAUGACAUCGGACAGUAUGAUGUCUGCCGGUGCAGGAUGGCAAUUGACACAGCCAUCCAAGAUCUACGCACGAGAAUGCCGCACACCCAUAUCACCUGGUCUGGUAUUUUACCGCGGCUCUUCUACUAUGGUCGCAAGCAAGGCUCUAAUUCACAGGAGGCCUUGGAUGGAGUUCGUAAGUCUCUUAACAAAUACGCUAGGAGGAAACUAGCCAGGAUGUCGGAUACCACCAUCAUCAAACAUGAAUUUGACCCCACAAUCCACAGCCUCUUCAAUAGAGAUAGAGUGCACCUCUCUGAUUCGGGUUCAGACAUUCUCAUUGACAGUUUCAGAACUGCAGCAAGGGAAGCAGGAUUUGUUUAGAUAUGGAGAGGAGAGGAGCUUGAGAAACAUUUUGGGAACUCGAGGCUUCUGGCAAGGUUUUUUUUUUUUGUAAUGUAUCUUAG